CUCUACACCACCUGAGGCCUUGGCAACCAGCCCCGCCCUCCCCAGGCCAGGAGAGGCCGCCAAGCCCAGGGGAGAGGGCCCAGGCCUGUCUGUAUCCCAGAUAUGCAGCUGGGAAUACGUGGGUGCUUGGCCACUGCGGACUUUGUGAAUGAAAGAGAGAAGGGAGGAAAGAUGCCCUUCCAGGACAAGGCAGCUCCUCAAAGCUCCACCAGGACCCACGUGCACCAGGCAUCUGGAACCCUCGGCCCCCAUGGACCCCCUGAGGCGCUCCCCCUCUCCCUGCUCAUCCUCGAGGCCCUCCAGCCCCAGCACCCCACCCUGCGAGAUGCUUGGUCCCGUGGGCAUCGAGGCUGUGCUGGACCAGCUGAAGAUCAAGGCUAUGAAGAUGGGCUUUGAGUUUAACAUCAUGGUGGUAGGGCAGAGCGGGCUGGGCAAGUCCACCAUGGUGAACACGCUGUUCAAGUCCAAAGUGUGGAAGUCAAACCCGCCAGGCUUGGGGGUGCCCACACCCCAGACGCUGCAGCUGCAUUCAGUGACCCAUGUCAUUGAGGAGAAGGGUGUGAAGCUGAAGCUGACAGUGACCGACACGCCUGGCUUCGGGGACCAAAUCAACAAUGACAAGUGCUGGGACCCCAUCCUGGGCUACAUCAACGAGCAGUACGAGCGGUACCUGCAGGAGGAGAUCCUCAUCACCCGCCAGCGCCACAUCCCAGACACCCGCGUGCACUGCUGUGUGUACUUCGUGCCACCCACUGGGCACUGCCUGCGGCCCCUGGACAUUGAGUUCCUGCAGCGGCUGUGCCAGACUGUAAAUGUGGUGCCUGUGAUCGCCCGGGCAGACAGCCUGACCAUGGAGGAGCGAGAGGCCUUCAGGCGCAGGAUCCAGCAGAACCUGAGGACUCACUGCAUUGACAUCUACCCCCAGAAGUGCUUUGACGAGGACAUCAAUGACAAAAUCCUCAACAGCAAGUUACGGGACCGAAUCCCCUUUGCUGUGGUAGGAGCUGACCGAGAGCACCUGGUGAACGGGAGGUGUGUCCUGGGCCGGAAGACCAAGUGGGGCAUCAUCGAAGUGGAGAACAUGGCGCACUGUGAGUUUCCUCUCCUGAGAGACCUGCUCAUCCGCUCCCACCUCCAAGACCUGAAGGACAUAACCCACAACGUGCACUACGAGAAUUACCGCGUCAUCAGACUCAAUGAAAGCCACCUGCUGCCCCGAGGGCCAGGCUGGGUGAACCUGGCCCCAGCCUCCCCAGGACAGCUGACCUCCCCCCGGCCCUUCAAGGUCUGCAGGGGGGCCCACGACGAUUCUGAGGAUGAGUUCUGAGCACCGGCUAAUCCUGGGCCCGCAGGGCUUCCUGAGUCCCCAGCGGCCCUCAACACACAUCCGUGUAUCCGAGCAUUUAUUAAAACGUGGACCUUGCUUUUUAUGAAAAGCUGGGCUUUGAAAACAAAAGGCAUUUUGUAAAUGACUUCUUUGAGCUACCCACAAAUAAAAGGCCGGGUCUCACUCUGUUACCCAGGCUGGAGCAGACUGCCGCGAUCAUAACUC